CCUAAUUGAAUAGGGCUUGAGCUUGAGAGAGAAUCUGCUUGUAAUACUUGUGUCACACAUCUAAAGACUGAUCGUUGGCGGUUUUAGGUACUUUUUCUGCUGAAACAAGAAAGCAAACAGCGCCACAAUGCCCGACUAUCUUGGAAGUGAUAUGCGAAAGACCAAAGAUGAGGAAAAGGAAGAAAAGGAAAUCAAAUCUUUGGAUGAAGCUGAUAUUGCCCUACUCAAAAGCUAUGGACAAGGUCAGUACACGAAGAGUAUCAAGGGAGUGGAUGACGAUAUCCAGACAAUCAUCAAGAGGGUCAAUGAGCUGACAGGCAUCAAGGAAUCAGACACUGGCCUUGCCCAUCCAGCUCUAUGGGAUCUUGCUGCUGACAAACAAACCCUUCAGAACGAGCAGCCUCUGCAGGUUGCUAGGUGCACUAAAAUUAUCAAUGCAGAUUCUGAUGACCCAAAGUAUAUCAUAAAUGUAAAGCAGUUUGCCAAGUUUGUUGUUGACCUAGCAGACUCCGUAGCUCCCACUGACAUUGAAGAAGGCAUGAGAGUUGGAGUGGACCGCAACAAAUACCAAAUUCACAUCCCUUUACCUCCUAAAAUUGACCCUACAGUCACCAUGAUGCAAGUAGAAGAGAAACCUGAUGUCACUUACAGUGAUGUCGGUGGUUGCAAAGAGCAGAUUGAAAAGCUCCGUGAAGUUGUGGAAACACCUCUUCUUCAACCUGAAAAGUUUGUUAACCUUGGUAUUGAACCACCAAAAGGAGUACUUUUAUUCGGGCCCCCUGGUACUGGUAAAACUCUGUGUGCCAGAGCUGUUGCUAAUCGAACUGAUGCUUGCUUCAUUCGUGUCAUUGGUUCUGAAUUGGUUCAAAAAUAUGUUGGUGAGGGUGCUCGAAUGGUCAGAGAACUUUUUGAAAUGGCUCGCAGUAAGAAGGCGUGCCUUAUUUUCUUUGAUGAAAUUGACGCCAUCGGAGGUGCCAGGUUCGAUGAUGGUGCAGGUGGCGACAAUGAGGUACAGAGGACCAUGUUGGAGUUGAUCAAUCAGUUAGAUGGUUUUGAUCCUCGUGGUAACAUCAAGGUGCUGAUGGCCACGAACCGUCCCGACACUUUGGACCCAGCCCUUAUGCGUCCUGGUCGUUUGGAUCGUAAAGUUGAGUUUGGCCUCCCUGAUUUAGAUGGGCGAACCCACAUUUUCAAAAUCCAUGCUCGUUCCAUGAGUGUUGAGAGGGACAUCAGGUUUGAGCUUCUGGCACGUCUUUGCCCCAACAGCACAGGUGCUGAAAUUAGGUCAGUCUGCACUGAAGCAGGGAUGUUUGCAAUUCGUGCUAGGAGAAAAGUAGCCACUGAAAAAGAUUUCUUGGAAGCAGUGAACAAGGUUAUCAAGUCUUAUGCCAAGUUCUCUGCCACUCCUCGCUACAUGACUUAUAACUAAACUUUUUAAUAUGUGCAGUGGGAUGAUUCAAAUUAUGUGUGAGAAAAGAAAGUUGUGUAAUAAUUUAAUAAAUAGGUUUGUUUCUGUA